UGUCUGUAUAUCAAUGGUAUACCAAUACAGAUUUUUUUUAAAAAGGAGUUUAAUACAGGUAAUGGAAAUGAAUAAUAACAUUUUUGCACUUGGUAUACGAAAAAAUUCAUGAUAUCAAAUUUCAGAGUUUUAAAAGGACAUAUUAGGAGUAAUGUCAUUUUCUAAAAUUUCACAUAAUUUUCAAGAUCUUGUCUUAGAAUUUAAAAAGAAACUUUUCAAAAAGUGUGGGUUAGAGAUCAAAUGAUUUAUUUAUUGGCGAAAAUACUGAAUUUUUAUUCAAAAUUUCAAGUAAAUUAAACUUGUUAAAAGAUUUUUUGUAUUAGAACAUAAUUAGAGUUAUCUUUCUUUGAUUUUCUGUAUCUCAAUGGUAUUCCAAUAUAUGGUAAACCAGGCCAUGUAAUGAAUGCAUCGAAUGAGGAACCGGAGUCAGUUAUCUUGUGUCGACAGAGGUCGCCACAGGAAAAUGCGGUCCAACACACUAUCUGUAUGGAUACAUUGAAGCUACCAAUUCUGACUUUUCUACGACGGUGAGAGAGCUGGUGUCGGUCUUAUUGACACAGGCUGUCGAGGACGGUCUUGAAUGCUUCGAAAAUUUUAGCACACACUAUAUGGUCUUCAAGCUGGUUCCAUUUGAUUAUGGCAUCCAUAAAGAAUGAAGAUUUGUAUUGUUCUGUGUUGGCUGUAGUUAUUUCUAAGCACUUGCUGUUGUUUUUAACUUGGUUUGAAAGAAUGUGUUUACAGUCUCCGAAAGUUUUUAAUUCAAUUUGUCUUCUUGGUUUUCCUUUGUUUACAAAGUUUUGUGGCGGUAGCCCCGGUACCAACCCCUCAACCACCUUAUAUAACACGAUGAGUCGUAAGCUGGUUCUUCUGGUCUGGAGAGGUUGUAAUUCCAGCUCCUUGGCCAUUUUGUAUCCCUCUUCUCUAGAUCUGUAGUCUCUUUUUAUGAAGCGGAUGACUUUGCGUUGGACUCUUUCCAGUUUAUCAAUGUCUUGUUUCUGAGAAGGGUCCCAAAUGGUGGAUCCGUAUUCUAGAGUUGAUCAUGGAGAUAUACGCUGUUUUUCUACAGUUUUCUAUGCAGUGUGCUAAGUUCCGUCUGAGGAAACCUAGUGUCGAUUGAGCUUCUUUUUUUUUUUUUUUUUUUUGGUUAUUUUAUUUAUGUGGGUUGUCCACUUCAGAUCGGAUGAUAUUUGUAGGCCUAAGUAGGGAUUGUCCUGAACUUGUUCUAGGACAUGGUUUCCAACUUCCAAGUGAGUAGAACUUGGUGGGUUUUUUGCCGGAUGCUCACAAUGUAGCACUUUUUUGCAUUAAACCGCAUUCCCCAGUCAUUGGCCCAUUUCUGAAGGUUGUUUAGUCUGUAAUUUCUCUUAGUCUCCAUAGCAAUUGAUGCGACGGUAGCUUUACAAAAAAAAUUAAAGAUACAAAAUAAUUGAACUUUUAAUUAUACAAUUAAUAGAAUAUUGUCUUUCCUAACUUUAAAUUGAAUUAUAAAAUUAUGUCCUUAUUGAACUCGUAGCACUUGAGUGCGUCAGUAUAACGCCGUGCUCCCACUUCGUACUUCCUAAAGACGUGAAAAUCACAAUUCAAAAAUAGUAAUAAGAUUGCUUUAUCAAAAUAAAAUAAUGUGAUUUCCACUUUAAAUUUGAUUAUUUUUAUUGAUUUGUGUGUGUGUUGUCUUUUUCUUUCUUUCCGAAAUGCACUCGUGACAAUAGCUUGGCAUAGGGCCUAGUUGUCAACAAUUUAACGUAGCAUAAUUUGUCUAAUCCAAAAAUAAAUAAUGAUUGCACUGUUUAUUUUAGAAAAACAGCACCAAUUACAGAUGUUUAAAGGAAUAAUAUCACCAAACAGUUUGUAGACAGCGACCCAUGCAUAUAAACAUUAUUUACUCACAAUAUUGCCGAUUUCAUACACGCUUUACUCGCUAUAUUUGGGUAUUUACAUCGUUAUAUGUGUGCACUGGUGGCGAAAACAUAUAAAACUCGGAAAAUUUGUCAACAUCGAUUUAAAUGUUGCCCAUGAUAGAUAAAUUAGGACCCUAAAAGUUGAGUUUUUAAUAAUAUCUCGCAGUACUUUCACAAUCCGAAGGGCGCAUGUUACGUCACUGUACCACGAGACUACCUACUUAAUUAACUAGACUUUUUGAAAUCGGGGCUAGAUUUAAGUCUGUAUUGUGGUUAAUUAUCGCAAAAUUUCGGCGAACGAAUUAUUAGAAUUAAUUACUAUAAGCAUAAAGAAGACGAAAUGCAUGUAAUGUUGUAUACUUUGAAAACAUGAGAUGUAUCCUUUAAUGAAUUUCCAUUCGGCUUUCCUCGGUUUUGAUUUGCAUUCUUUCUGGUAUUGUUUGUAGUUUGACCACUUUUUCGUUUUCUUUGCUUGAUUGUACAGUAUUGCCUGUUUUGAGUAGUUUUCUUUCCCUGUGUGCAAUGCAUGGGGCUGAUUGUUUGGAUUUUAAUUCCUUGGAUGGUAUAUGCUCGUCUAGGCUUUGAUGGAUCUUUGGUUUGAAAGUAUCCCGGAUUUCAUGAAUACUUUUCCCUUUUGAGUGAAGAUCUGAUAUUGUCUCGGCAAGAUUUGUUAGUGAUGUUUUAGGUCUUGCCAUUUAGCUUUUGAGUAGAUGUAGAUUUUCCUAGGUGUUGUUUUGUGGUAGUAUGGUUUUGUCUCCAGAUCUGUAACAAUGAUAUCGUGAUCUGAGUUUUCUGGAACACUAACUGAUGAUUUUAUUACAGACGUGUUUGAUGUGAAAACGAGGUCUAAUAUAUUGUCACCCCUUGUCGGUUGGUCAUGGAUCUGUGAAAGGCCCGCCGUAUUGGUUGUUUCCACGAUUAGUUGUUGUAUCUCCUUGUCAUUUCCGUCUUUGAUUGACAUGUUGUUCCAGUCAAUAUCUGGACAGUUUUAAAUAGUCUCCUACUAAGUUGGUGUUUUUAUUUGUAUUAUAUGUUGCUUUUCCAAGUGAUUUUCCUAGCUUAGUGAGGUCUUCCUUAUUUCUGUGUGGCAUAUAGAAUGAUGAUAUUAGCAUUUCUUUGUUUUUAUCGGUUUUUAUUUUGACCCAUUCUAUCUCACAGUUGGUUACUAGUUCUGGUUGUUCUACCGAUAUGAUGCUUUUUUCCACUAGUAUAAAUACGCCUCCUCCCAGGUUCCCCCUGUCAUUCCUGAAGACAUUGUAGUUAGAUGGAAAUACUUCACUUGAUUUGAUGGCGUCUUGUGUAGGAUUUUUUCCUGGUUUGAUGCCCUUUAGCCAGGACUCAGUCCCGCAUACAAUAUCUGGUUUAAGGUAGUCAAUGGCUAAGGCUAGUUCUUGGCUCUUAUCUUUUAUACUACGACAGUUUAUAGUCAUAAUUCUUAUGUUUUGGGGACUGAAAAUGGGUUUUCAUCCAAGAGCUUGUUCUGCGUAUAGUCAGUUUUUAAACCGAGGUAAGCUACUGACAAACAAGUUGAUGGUACAGGGGUUUCAACAGUGUUGAUUGAAGUCAGCAUUUCGCAAAUUCUAUGGUCGUUAUAACGAUCUAGUUCGUCAAUACAACCUAUCAUUGAGUCAAAUGCUAUCUGACGUGUUUCAUACCGAUUGUUAGGCCGUUCUUGGCACAUUGAUUUUGACUACGGAUAACUCCGUUUACCCGAUCAAGAUAUAGGGCUCACGGCGGGUGUGACCGGUCGACAGGGGAUGUCUACUCCUCCUAGGCACAUGAUCCCACCUCUGGUGUGUCCAUGGGUCCGUGUUUGCCCAACUAUCUAUUUUGUAUUGAUUUUAGGAGUUAUGAAAUUGAUCACUGUUCGUUAUCUUCACCUUCAUCCAUAGAUGUUGAUGGAGGCUUGGCGUUACUUGUGGUUUUGGUGUUCCUUGAAUCACUCAUAUGGGUUUAAGGGCUACUGGUUGUUAGUGGACUGAAUAAGUCGGUUCUAGUUGACUCCAUGCUGCAAUCGAUGUUUGACAGUGGUUCAUAUAUGUUCGAUAAGUUGAUUUUAUAACUACGGAAGGUGAAUGUUGUUGCGUUUAUGGUGUCACAUUUACAGCAUAGUCAUUGUAAAUUUGAUCUUUCUAAUAGUUUGUAGUCAUGUGUGCAGAGUUCAGUGCAAGACUGAUGGUACCAUAUGUCACAUCCAUCACAGCAAACACCUUUACAUUUCCAUGUAACGGGAUGUGCGCAGAGGCCACAUAGAUAGAUUGAAGUUUGUUUGUUUCGUGGUCCUGGGUUUAAUUCUGUAUAUCCAGACAUUAUAAUGACAAGAAGCAGGAUGGUUUUAUUCUUGUUGAUUGCAAUUGGUAAAAUGAGUGAUUCUGUACUUGUACUCGACAUCUUUAGGUUUAUGAUUGAAAGAAGCAUUUGCUGUUGGUCCCAGCUCCAGUUGUUCCAUUUUGUGAAACCUAACAUUAGAACGAAAAUGAACAAAGUCAGGAUACCCAUGGUAGGUAUAGCGCGGGAUUCCACACUGACCUGUUCAGUAUAGCGUGGCUGACCCACACUGACUGAAUAUAAGUAGCCUGAUUUCUAUUUCCGUUCAAAUUAUAUAUUUUUACUUCACUUGUUGUUUUGGUGUUUCCCAGCAGUCUUUUUUUUUUUAGUUUUGUCAAUGAUUUUUUCAGUCAAACUUUUACUAUCAGUUUCCCAGGGUGUAUACCGGCCGCAAGUAGUUUGAAGUUGUGGAAUUUGCGGAGCUUGGGUUUCCUAUUCUUCCCGCUCUUGACUCUAGAUGUUUUGUACAGGUCUGAUGUGAAUGAGGGCGAGUGCUUUCCAAGGUUUUUAUUGAUAGUCCGAAUUUUGGUGUUGAGCUGCGAUAUUUGCUGGGCAAGUUUAGUAUUUUGAUCGUCAAAGAUACUUGGAUCUUUGUGGCCUUUAUUCUGAUUCCAGCAUUUGAUCGAGUACAGUGGAAUUUCGAGUAUUGUCACCUUUGAUCCAGGGUGUUUGUUUGUGAUCUUUAUGAUUUCUUUGUAUGAUUUUUCUAUUUUUAGUACUUCCUCCUCAGUUUCUGACUUUAAGUUUAUGUAUUGUUUAUUUUUUUCUGUUAGAUUACAUGCGCCGAGCCAUACAUAUAGCCAUAUAUCUCCAUGUUGAAUUAUUUUCCUUACGAUUGACAAUUAUAACCAACGAGUGCUUUCCUAAGUUUUCGCGCCGCUUUUUGUCCACCAGAUUAUUUCAUUAUCAGUUGUAAUUUUUCUUUGGAGCCACGUUCCUUUGCUGUCUGACAAUAUUAUUGGUUGUUGAAGGCGUUUCCUUGAGGUUGUGGGAGUUGGGUUUGACAGGAACUUCUCUAGUUUACUUUCUGUCAUUUGACAGGGAUUUCGCAAUCCAAGAUGGCGACUCUCAAUUGGCGAUGUAUAACUAUAAGGUGGUACAUUGGGGCUGGAGUUUUGGACUUACCAAUAGCUUAGCAACUUACAUUUCGCGAUUUGUAUGGAAGGAGAAGAUUACUAAGUCUUAUCUGCAAGCGGAUACAGAAGCCAAAUUGGGACCUAUCAAAAAUAUUUUUGAAUUUGUUUUGAAAACUGUAAUAUCACAACAAAGCGAAUUCUUGAACAAAAAUAUUCUUCGGAAAUGGAGAUGUGAGAUUGAUCACUGUUCGUUUUCUUCACCUUUCAUUCAGUACCCAAAGGCCUGUGCAAAUGUACACUAAAGUAGGUCAGAUCUAAGUUACGCUAGCCUAACUUUGCCUUCUAUAGAUACAUCCAGAUUUUAUAUUUAGUGUAUCAUUGAACAUGUUGAAGUUUAAUUAAAAAAUCAAUUCAAUAUUUAAUUACCUCUAAUAUUUAGCCAUCGAAAAAAAAAUUAAAUUAUGAUUUGUUAUAUGCUGUUUGAUUCAAAAUGAUUCUUCAUUCUUCAAGAUUCAUUUUGUAGAUAUUGCUGGCUUUAGAAUCCAGGUCUGAAAAGCAAUAGGUGGAGAAAGAAAAAGUGGGUUUGGUCAGAUGUUACAUCUUAUGAAGAUUUUAAAAAAGAAAUCUUAACAUGGAUGACACAAUAGAUAACCAGUGCGAAAACGAUCCUCAAGUGCAACAGAAUGAAGGAACGCAGUUUUAUCGAGAAGACGAAAAGAUAAAAGGGUCCCAAUCUGAGAAAUUGUCUAACCCCACGGAUAGAACAGUUACUAUCGGUGCUGAAUCGGACAACAUUGAUGAGCAGACUCUCCACGGAUGUACAAUUCGAAUAAAAUCUCCAACAGAAAACUUAGUCAUCCACCGCGAUAAAGACAGACAUGAGGUAAAAGACACUGGGUUUCACAAAUCGGCAUUAAGUACAGAACCACAUGACGCAGGUGAACAAAACAAUGGAUCAAAUAAAGGUAAUGAUACGCUAGAGGAGCAGGAUAAUGAAAACAGACAGUUACUAAACGCAAAAACUGACAUAGGAAACAAAAAGCAUAAUACACACAGAGAAAUGAAUGCCGAUUCUGAAAGUGUCGAAGUUGGAGCAGAUCAAUUAGAAAAUGUCUUCGAGAAAAAGGAGAUGUCGGUAGUGUGUCGUGACGAAAACAGAUCAGAAAGAGAAAGAAAAUUUAAUGAAAGUUUCUCUAGAUUAACCAAAGAUGAAAAGAAAAAAGAUCCACCUUCAUCCACUAUAACACGCAGACAUAUUGACGAAAACGAAACGGACUCGCAAAAAAGAGAAGGAGUAUUUGAUGAAGGUUUCACCGGAUCAUCAACAGGUGAAAUUAAAGAUGAUCCAACCUUAUCUACUGUAACACACAAACAAGACGAAAAAGAAAUGGCUCAAGCAGAAAACAACAAUGUAUUGAAGGAUAUAUCAGGUUAUCAAGAAUAUCAAAUUAGAGAAACUCAAAUGUCAGAUUCAAGAACAUGUCAACACAAAGAACCUUCUGAAAAACAUAAAGAUGUUACAGGCGGGACGAGAAAUCCCAUAUCAAACAUUUCAACACUACAGAAAGAACCUUUUGAAGAUUCACGAUUCUUAGAUACUCUAAAAGAUGAUGUUGAAAACAAACACGCUAGGUCUGCAUCCCCUUUUAAACAAAAACUUAAACCGUUGGCCUCUGCAACUAAUGCAUCACGAAUAAAGCAUGACCAGUGCUUCAAAUCGUUUCCUCUUGAUUUCGAAGUUUUUUCAUCAAAAGAGAAAAAAGAGCAACUGUCAAUUUUCCAAAGUGAGAGCAAACAUACAUCAAAAAUGGCAUGCUGUUUGUGCAAUCGGUGGUGUUUGCACUGGAACGUUUGCAAGGAAUGCAUGAUUUUCCUGUGUGAUUCUUGUAUGACUCUGUAUCACCCACAAACGCUGCUUCAUGCUACAUUCCAAGCAAAAGCGUUUUCAGAUUUUGGUUGCCUCGACCACAUGAUGAUCUUCCAGUAUUUCUGUUGCGAUUGUAACAGCCGACGGUGUAAAGAAUGUUUAGGAAGCAGAAAAUGCAAAGAUCAUGUUUUAAUGGACAUUUUUACAAAUUUAGACUACAUUGAGAAGGGAAGUGGAAAACACGAAGCGCAAGCCUCAACAAAGAUGUUAAGCAAAGCAACAAGAUCAGAGAUAGAAAGACUCACACAGGUCCAGCUUGUGCUUUCCAAAGAGGACGACGCUUUGCCGGAUGACUGUUGUAAAUAUUGUCGUUUGACACAUGAACGUUACAACAUUUGUGAAGAUUGCAUGGUAUAUUUUUGUGAUGACUGCUUCAAGCGAUACCACCCUGCAACUCAUACCAUCUGCAAAUCUAAACCAUUCCUUGCUUUUGCCUGUCCUGAACACAAACAAAUCUGUCGUCAUUUCUGUGAAUUGUGUAAAGCACAGAAAUGUGAUGACUGCAUCGCUAAGAAUGGAAAAUGUUCUGGUUCUGAACAUCAAAUAAUACAAUUGCUGAAGUAUAUCUCACAACAAAAGGACAACUUUGAUGAAACAAUACACGAUGUUUCAACUGCAAGUUCCCGGACCAUCAAUAUGUUGUCGGAGCAGUUGGACAAGACAGAGAACGUAAUUUUGAUGAACAAUCUUCGAAAUAAGGAGAUAUUGAAACAGGAGUUUGCAUCACUUCGUCAUCUGAUUACAGAACGAGAACAGCAAAUGUACAGGGAUUUAGGGGAGGAAUACAGUGCAAAAUUGAAAACAAUACGGCAACGGCGACUGCAAUAUGGAUCAUACUUGAUGAAAGAUAGUAAACUUCUCUCGAAAUCAUUGCACACCUUAGGGAAAGAAUCUCUACUCAGUUUUCAUUUUAGUGGACAAACAUUGUGGAAAAGAAUCAAUCAACACAAGAGAGAGUUGGAGUGUCUUGAAAGUCCCGAUGACAUAUCUGUCUCGACCUUGAUAUCCCCGUUAUCUCUGUAUGUUGAAAAAACCGAACUGGCUAAAUCCUUGCAGCUACGAAAUUCAGCAUCGUUCCACCUUACAUGUCCACGACAUAUUGUGUAUCUGGAUGAUGUAACAGAACCACUUCGUGUUCAGGAUUUCGUGAACAUUCCCAGCUCUACUCUGUCCAGUACUUGGACGAUGUCUGUCGAAAUACGAGACUCAGUGAAGAGAGUCGUCUGGCGAACUGACGACUGUUCUCAGGACGAAUGUAUCGCAAAUGUUAGAGGAAAAUUCUUUUUAGAACCAAAGAGUAGAUACUUGGUCAAAUUUUCUCUGCAAACGACAACCCAUGUGUCCAAGUUCAAGAUGACACAAAACAUAAGUAAACCAUGCCAUGUUUUACUCGUAACAGGAAAUGAAGCAACAAUGGAUACAGGAUUUGAAUGGAUUGGAGGAACCUGUGUUGUUGGACUGAACAUUAGCUGGAAAGAAAGGCAACAAAUAGAAACUUUGCUGUUAUUAAAGUAUGGCUGCAAUCCAUAUAAUCUACAUGUUCCAAUACAGAAGGAGCAAUUCAGCUUUGAGGAACGAAGAUUUAUUUGUGAUUUCGGAAAAGAUAAAAGAAAGUCAAAGAAAAAGAAGAAAAAAUGAAAAAAGGGGGGAGGACAGAAGUGAGAAAACCUGUAAGGAGGACAAGGAGAUAACUUCAAAUCAGUGAAUAUGAAUCAAAAGGAACGGGGAUGUCUACUCUGAAUGGAGAAUUCAAAACGACCAAAGCCGAAGCUUAGACAUCUUUUUGUGCAAAACAUGUAUCUAUUGUUCAUUUAGUAACAAUGUUACUGGAAAAAGUUUUAAGGUGAAGUUUUUGACCAUUGAUAUCAAAACCCGGGGGGGGGGGGGGGUGUAUUGUUUUUGGUGAGUGUGUAUCCAAGUUUUUCUCUUCUUGCAAAACUUUAAUUUUCGCCAUAACCUUUAAACUAUGAUAGAUGAUAAAUUCAUUCUUGGUUAACUGAAAGAUCAAGGAUAUUCCCGUGGACUUCAGUGUUUGAGGGCGUGUGUUUUAUUUAAAAUUCCUGAUUACUUUAUAUAUUGCUAAGUAGUACAUACAUGUAUCUUUUUUUCCAAACAUUGCUGAAAAGGACACUUUCAUUAAGAUGCAAACAUUGCUAGUAGUGUAAACAAAUGUUACAAGAUUGUAUUUCAACCAAACAAGACUUGAGUAUUUCAAAAUGUUUGAAAAUGUAUGUUAUCGGAUAUGAGCGGUCGACAGGGGAUGCUUACUCCUUCAAGGCACCUGAUCUUACCUCUGGUGUGCCCUGAGGUCCGUGAUUGCCCUCCCCUUUUUGUAUUCUUUAUGGGAUUUAUGAGUUUGAUCACUGUUCAUUAUCUUCAUUUUUCAUUGCUUGGUGUAAAUAUCGCGUUUUAAUGCAAAUAAUUCCAAUGUUAUUUAAUAGCAUUGUUUUGAUUGGACAACAAUUAAGUUAAAUGAGAAUUUAUACAUCAAUAAACCCAAAAAUGUUAUGUAUACAUACGCGCCUGAAAACAAAUAACAUAGUGCGAGGAAACUAUUCAUCAAAUUUUGAAAUUGGUAAUGCAGGGAACGAUUUGUAAUUAUAAAAAUCAAACAUUCUUUUUGAAGAAUAUUUGAUGUGUAAACUUUGGAUAUUUUACUCACAAACUUAACCUAAAAUUGCUUCGCACUUUUAUUCAGUUUGUGAGUAAAAUGUCCAGAGUUUACACAUCGAUAAAUUCUUCAAAAAGAAUGUUUAAUCCUAUAAUUUCUAAAUCCAUAUUAUCUUAAUGUUUUAUCUCGUUGAUAUAUGAUACAUUGCAUUGCUCCAUAACUUCCAAAAUAAUUGUUGUAUUAUCUUUGUCUUCCAUUGCUUUCCAUGUACAUUUCAGAGGCACUCUACGUUUUAAAUAUCUAUAAUUAAAACAAUUGUCUUCCUGUAAACAUAAUAUUCACAAGGUAUAUCACGCCGCCAUCUUGGUUUUCAUUUUUACCAGCUGCAUCGCUUGAAAAUUUCGGAGAAAAGUUCGAUAUAAUAUGAUAAUUAGACCCCUACCGUUUAGAAGCAACUCUGUCAAGGUCAUAUUUUAUCGAACUUUUCUCCGAAAUUUUCAAGCGAUGCAGCUGGUAAAAAUGAAAACCAAGAUGGCGGCGUACAGGAAGAAUUUUUUUUUUAAUCAUAGAUAAAUGUAUUUAAAACGUCGAGUGCCUGUGGUAUAUUUAUAUACAUGUGUAUUUGUAAUUAAUAUGCGCAUUUUAAUUUUUUUAACUUUGUAAUGUACAUUCAUAUCAUACCCUAUUGUUAAGCGUCUUAGGGUAAUAGUACACAAGACGCUCUAUAAAUGGUUUUAUCAUCACUGUUAUUUCUUGUAUUAUUCCAAUUAAUGGCACCUAACUGUAAGACGACUUCAUUUCCCAGUUUAUUCAUUAGUUCUUAAUACUGAAGUACUAAUAUAAGCAUACAAUAUUAUAUGUAUUGAUUUGAUCGUAUUAAACAGUUUUCUAGA